AUGCUAAUCUUUUUAUCUAUUUUCAACCAGAUAUAUCAACCAAAAGAAGUUGAAGAGGUGAAGGUAGUUCCAAAGACCGAAGAAGACACCAUGAAAGAAUACAGAACAACAACUAGACGACAUGAAAAUGCUAAACUGUUGGAUGAUUUGGGGACGAAAGCCGACAUUAAAGUUGGAAAGUUAAACAAGAUCAUUUCAAAAUCAAUUGAAGAAAUUUGUAAGGAGACAGUGGGCAAAGGCAGAGAAGAUGGUGUCAUUCUAGACUUUGCAGGACCUAACUUUGUGUGUGUAGAUAACUUCGCUUUUGGAGCUGUUACUCGUUACAUUCAAAUAAGUAAAGAUAAGGUGCUUGAUAUGCCUGCUUAUGAGGCUUGA